AUGUCGAAGCAGACUUACAACUUUUGCUUCUGCUUCCGCCGCCGCUUCAGGCUCCCCGUGUCGGAGGCCCCUCCGGAGAUAAGGACCCUUUUCGAUCAUUAUUCCGAUGAGAAUGGCGUCAUGACAGCCUCUCACGUCCGCAGUUUCCUGGUUGAAGUGCAGAAGGAGGAGAGUGCCACUGAGGAGGAAGCUCAGGCCAUCAUCGAUGGCCACAAGCAUCUCAGCAUCUUUCACAGAAGGGGUCUCAAUCUUGAGAGUUUCUUCAACUACCUCUUCAGUCACAAUAAUAAUCCACCUCUCUCACCUUCUCUUGGGGUGCACCAAGAUAUGUCUUCACCGUUGUCUCAUUACUUCAUUUAUACUGGUCAUAAUUCCUAUCUAACUGGGAACCAACUUAGCAGUGACUGCAGUGACCUCCCCAUCAUCAAUGCACUGCAGAAGGGUGUAAGGGUGAUUGAACUAGAUAUAUGGCCUAAUGAAUCAAAGGAUGAUGUGCAUGUUCUUCAUGGAAGGACAUUGACAUCUCCUGUGGCACUCAUCAAAUGUUUGAGGUCUAUUAAGCAGUAUGCUUUUGUCGCCUCAGAAUAUCCAGUUGUAAUAACCUUAGAAGACCACCUUACUCCUGAUCUUCAGGCCAAAGUGGCUGAGAUGGUUACUCAAACAUUUGGAGACAUACUAUUUUCUCCUGGCUCUGAAAGCUUGAAGGAAUUUCCUUCUCCUGAAUCGCUUAAAGGGAGGAUUAUCAUAUCAACCAAACCACCUAAGGAGUACAUUGAGGCAAAAGAAGUUCAGGAAAAGGGAGAGGGAAAGCCUGUGGAUGAUGAAGAAGCAUGGGGCAAGGAAGUCCCUAGUUUGAGAGGUGGCACUAUUUCUGAUCACAAGAACAUCGAGGAUGAUGAUGAUCUUGACAAUGAAGAUGAUUCUGAUGAAGCAGAAAAUUCACGUCAAAAUGCAUCAGACGAAUACAGACGUUUAAUUGCCAUUCAUGCUGGUAAGCCUAAAGGUGGAUUAACGGAAUGCCUCAAAGUGGAUCCCGAUACAGUGAGGCGUCUAAGUUUAAGUGAGCUACAACUUGAAAAGGCUGCUGAAACUCAUGGAAAAGAAAUCAUAAGGUUUACUCAGCGGAAUAUACUGAGAGUGUAUCCAAAAGGCACUCGUAUUACCUCAACAAAUUAUAACCCAUUGAUCGGGUGGAUGCAUGGAGCCCAGAUGGUUGCAUUCAACAUGCAGGGAUACGGUAGAUCUCUUUGGUUGAUGCAGGGAAUGUUCAAAGCCAAUGGAGGAUGUGGUUAUGUUAAAAAACCAGAUUUUCUGUUAAAAACUGGACAUAAUAAUGAGGUCUUUGAUCCUAAAGCUCAUUUGCCUGUGAAGAAAACUUUGAAGGUGACUGUAUAUAUCGGGGAAGGAUGGUUUCAUGAUUUCAAGCACACCCACUUUGAUCAAUUCUCACCCCCUGAUUUCUAUGCAAGAGUGGGGAUUGCUGGAGUCCCUUAUGAUACUGUUAUGAAAAAAACUAAGAGCGUGGAGGAUAAUUGGUCUCCAUCAUGGAAUGAGGUAUUUGAGUUUCCACUUUCUGUUCCAGAAUUGGCUCUGCUUCGUGUAGAAGUUCAUGAGUAUGACAUGUCUGAGAAGGAUGAUUUUGGUGGCCAAACGUGUUUACCUGUGUGGGAACUAAGAAGUGGAAUUCGCGCAGUUCCACUGUAUUCCCGCAAAGGAGAAAAGUACCACAAUGUGAAGCUUCUAAUGCGCUUUGAAUUCAUUUGA